AUGCCACCACUUCCACUGGUAGUAAAUGCGACUACCAUGAAAUCACCUUUUAGGCAUUUAAUAGAUUUUCCAUUUCGAGCACCCGGCAUCCUUUCCGAUCCUAUUUACCGACCGUUAUCAAUCACAUUCAUCGAAUAUCAAGACGGUGACAAACUUGGCUUAAUUCUGGCAUGGUUUUCAAUGUUACCAUUUAUAUACAUUGUCUCUCUAUGUACAUUAAUAAUAUUUCGACGUGAUAUACAGACCAUCAUGUACCUUGGUGGAUUCUUUGUCUCUGGUAUUAUAAAUCAUUUUUUGAAGAUAAUUUGUAAACAGGAACGACCGGAGAGAACUCGAAAUCGAGUAGAUUUUUAUGAGAUUUAUGGUAUGCCAAGUGCUCAUGCUCAAAGUUUCUUCUAUUUCAUGACCUAUAUGGCUAUAUUCGUUAUUCUAAAAUCUCAAAUGCCUGGCUCGUCAAAGACUCGGCCAAUACGUCAUCGUCUCUUUGUUUUUGCGCAAAUUCUUGCCGCUAUUCUAGUUGCAUAUAAGUUUAUCUCUACUACCAUACAAUUGCUCAGGUCGUGGUCGGCGGGUGUCUUGUACGUGCCAUUGAUCGUUGAACAUCCAUUGGCGAAAUAUUUGCUCAUUCGCGAUUAUUCUUCUAUACCACAUAUAAUUCAUUUUCAAUAUGAAAAUGAAUAUAACGAAGCAAAGCGUUGCCGUGAUAGAUAUGCUAACUCCAAUCAUGAUCAAAUAACAAUGGAGGAACUGUGA